UAUAGUUAACAAAUGUAAGAUGAAAAAAUCUAUUCGACAAAACGCGCACACUGCAGCUAGUCAACUCAGCCAUGGCAGGAGGCGGCGGCGAGCAACGGGUGGACCCGGUCCCGGCCGUGCUCUUCAUCCGCCGCCCGGGCGCGCCCUUCUGCGACGCGAUGCACCAGCGCUUCCGCGUGCUGGAGCUGGCCACGCGGGCCUCGACCGAGCAGGCAGCCGCUUUCCUCGCGGCGGCGGCGGCCGAGCCAGACCCGCCUCGCGCCGCGGUGGUCAUGGGAGGCCGCUCCGUCCGCGCGGACGCCGCGUUCCUCGACGCCGUGCCCUCCGUCCGCUGCCUCCUCAGCACGGCCGCGGGCGUUGACCACAUCGACCUCGCCGAGUGCGCGCGCCGCGGCGUCGCCGUCGCCAACUCAGGGACGGUCUACUCCGCCGACGUCGCGGACCACGCCGUCGGCAUGCUCGUCGACGUGCUUCGGCGCGUCUCGGCGGCGGAGCGGUUCGUCCGGCGCCGGCUCUGGCCGCUGCAGGAGGGCGGCUACCCUCUCGGCUCCAAGCUUGGCGGCAAGCGUGUGGGCAUCAUCGGAUUGGGCAACAUUGGCUCUUUGAUUGCAAAGAGGCUUGAAGCUUUUGGCUGUGUCAUCUACUACAAUUCCAGAAGACCCAAGGAUUCAGUCUCUUACAGAUACUUCCCCAAUGUUCACGAUCUUGCUUCUGAAUCAGACAUCCUCGUCGUUGCCUGCGCAUUGAACAAGGAGACGAGGCACAUUGUGGACAAGGAUGUUCUGGAAGCCCUAGGGAAGGAUGGGAUCGUCAUAAACAUCGGCCGAGGCGCCAACAUCGACGAGGCCGCCUUAGUCAGUGCACUGAAAGAUGGAAGGAUUGCAGGAGCUGGCCUCGAUGUCUUUGAGAAUGAACCCAAGGUGCCUGUAGAGCUCUUGUCCAUGGACAAUGUGGUGCUGACGCCUCAUUCAGCAGUUUUCACGGCAGAGUCGAGGUCGGACCUGUGCGAGCACCUGAUUUGCAACCUCGAAGCUUUCUUUGCCGGGAAGCCAUUGAUCACGCCCGUGCUGCUGCCUUGACAGAGUAGGUCGUGUUGCAGUGCAGGCUAGUUCAGUCCAGCUAUUGGGACUUGGGAGGUAACAAUAUUUUUAUCACGAGCUAGAGGAGUACAGGUAUUGAAAUUGUUGUUUGUAUUGCAUUGCUGCAAAGUGCAGGGUUGUGUUUCUUAUAAAAUACAUCAAUUAUAUUACUCAAAAAAAAAUACAUCAAUUAUAUUCAUUCACUGUAAAGGGAGUGUCUCAUCAUCAGAACUUUAAGUUCUGUAUGUAAAAGACCACUCUAAUCAUCAAGCCAGGGCUUUGUUUAGUUUCGAAAA